AUGGAGGCCCUACUAUCCGUUUCCUUCGACAACAUCACCUCCAAGGACAGCUCCAAGGUCCGCAAGGGUCUGCGCCAGAUCGAGGGCCUGCUGGCACAAAUAUGCCUGAGCCAGAGGACCGACCCCGCCGCCGCCGCCAAACACAAGCGCAAUGGCUCGAGAGGACCGUCUGAACCCAAGCAACUCAGCGCGCUGCACGGCGAUCCCGCUUUCAGAGAGUUCUUCCGCCUGCAAGAAGGGUUCGAGUGGAAUGUCGCAUCACGGCUCAUCGCAUGUCUCGAGAGAUUAAUGGGUAUGGGCGCAAGUGGUCAAAGCGACAUUCUCAUCCUGUCCGUGCUCGACCUGCUGCAAGGCGCUCUCCUCCUGCACCCUCCUUCGCGCGCAUUGUUCGGCCGCGAAAUCUACAUGAACCUCCUCCUCGACCUCCUCGACUGUGGUGAAUGCCCUUCUAUCCAGUCGCGGUCUCUCCUCGUGCUCGUCACCGCACUUCUGGAUACUCCAUCCAACACGCGGACGUUCGAGUCUAUCGACGGUCUCCUUACCGUGACCUCCCUCUUCAAGUCGCGCAGCACCGGAAAGGCCGUCAAGAUGCAACUGAUGGAGCUGUUCUACUUCUACCUCAUGCACGAGACUGCUCCGGCCAGCCCCAAAGUCGGCGUCCAACGCAGCUCAAGCAACGAGCGCAAGCGCGACCGCAGGUUGAGCGAUCCCAUCCAAGAGACGAGAUCGGUCGCGGAGAAGCAGGCGCUUCUCGGCCGAUACAUCAGCAACGUGGACGAUCUCGUGCAGGACCUUCGAGACUGCGCCCCUUUCAGCGCAGGCAUCAGCGUUGCUGCUUAA